AUGCCCAUCACCACCGCCGAGCAGCUUGCAAGCAUUCGAACCGGCACUCUAGAAGACAAGGUUAACUAUCUUCUCGAUCAUACGGCGAUCGUCGAUUUGGUACAGCGUUAUGGGCAGGCCACUGAUACGCACGAUUUCAAGCUGUUGAGAACAUGCUACGGAGACGAAAUCGAGGUAGAUCACACUCCAACGAUCGGUGGGGGUCUUUUUCGGAUUUCCGCCGACAAAUGGUGUCGGCUGGCCGAAAAGUUUCAUGGACAGCUAGAUGGUGAUGAACACAUCAUGAUUCCUCAGAGCAUAGUGAUCGACGGAGACAAUGCUUCUUGCCAUGUACUCAUGCAUGCAAGCCACUACUAUCGCAAAGCCAAUGGCAGCCCAUAUCAGACCAUCGCAGGGACGUACGACAUGAAUGUUGUGAGGACUAAAGCAGGUUGGAAGAUUGCCAAGUCAGUUCAAAAGUUACAUUUCGCUGAGGGCAAUUGGCAAUUUCACGAGGAGAUCAAAAGCUCCCUUGGCAAUUUGGAAGACGCUUGA